AUGCUCCAAGGCACCGAGAAAUUGACUAGUGAACGCGUGAAAGAACUUUUCAGAACUCGAUGCUUUUUUGAUCUGGCAGAUCUCAUCCAUGGAUACUUAAGGAUUGGAGAGGCGGACCGUCUUCUAUAUGGUAGUGAUUAUCCCUAUACCCCAGCGCCAGUCGUGGAGAUGCUCAAUCGCACGAUGGAAGCCCAACUCAAAGAACUCUUUGAUGAGAAGCAGACCCGCAAGAUAUUUCAUGGAAAUGCACAGUCUCUACGGCUUUAG